GACAAGUGCCGCCAUUACUGAGCUUCGCAGCUUUGGCUAGGUAAGCCAGGGUAGACAGUCAAGGCAGAAACUUGUCGAAUCCUCGAGCCUCCACUCCUUUCCCUUAUUCUCAAUAUCCCAUUCACAGCGACUGUUAGGCGGCUUGUAUCGCAUCACAGCACUGCUUCAGUUCAGCCAUGGCAGCACUCUUCGAGCAGCCCCGGAACGGGACCCUUUUCCUCGGUGGCCAGAAGAUUUCAGGAUCCGAUAUUCGAGACCAAAAUGUUCUGGCAACACAAGCCAUCGCCAAUGUGGUGAAGAGCUCUUUUGGCCCCAGCGGUCUUGACAAGAUGAUGGUGGACGACAUUGGCGACGUCACGGUAACAAACGACGGUGCUACGAUCCUUACCCUCCUCGACGUCGAAGAUCCCGCCGGAAAGAUCUUGGUGGACCUGGCCCAGCAGCAGGAUAAGGAGGUUGGUGAUGGCACAACAUCAGUUGUCCUGAUCGCCGCCGAGCUGCUCCGAAGGGGCAACGAGCUGAUGAAGAACCGCAUCCACCCCACCACCAUCAUCACCGGCUACAGACUGGCCCUGCGAGAGGCGAUCAAGUACCUGAACGAGAACGUCAGCAUCAAGGUCGACAACCUCGGCCGGGAUUCACUCCUCAACAUUGCAAAGACCUCCAUGUCCAGCAAGAUCAUUGGUGCUGAUUCCGACUUCUUCGCCGACCUGGUUGUCGAUGCCAUUCAGGCGGUCAAGACAACCAACAACAGGAACGAGUCCAAAUAUCCCGUCAAGGCCGUCAACCUGCUCAAGGCCCACGGCAAGAGCGCUCUCGAGUCAGUCCUGGUCAAGGGCUAUGCCUUGAACUGCACAGUUGCUUCUCAGGCCAUGCCUACCCGUAUUCAGGAUGCCAAGAUUGCCAUCCUGGACAUGAACCUGCAAAAGGAGAGAAUGAAGCUCGGCGUCCAGAUCACGGUCGAUGACCCUCAGCAGCUGGAGGCUAUCCGCGCUAGGGAAUCCGGCAUGAUCAUCGAGAGGGUAGAGAUGAUCCUCAAGGCUGGUGCCAACGUCAUCCUUACCACCAAGGGUAUCGAUGACAUGGUCCUGAAGAUGAUGGUUGAGAAGGGCGCCAUGGGUGUCAGAAGAUGCAAGAAGGAUGACCUGAGACGAAUUGCUAAGGCCACAGGCGGUACCCUCCUGAGCACACUCUCUGACCUGAAUGGUGAUGAGAAGUUUGACCCUUCAUACCUGGGACACGCUGAGGAGGUUUUCCAGGAGCGCAUCUCGGACGACGAGUGCAUUCUGAUCAAGGGCACCAAGGCCCACUCCUCCGCCUCCGUCAUCCUGCGAGGACCCAACGAAUAUUCUCUCGACGAGAUUGAGCGAUCAGUCCACGACUCUCUCUGCGCCGUCAAGAGGACGCUAGAAAGCGGCAGCAUCGUCCCCGGCGGCGGCGCCGUCGAGACCGCCCUCCACAUCUACCUCGAGGAGUUCGCCGGCACCGUCGGAUCCCGCGAGCAGCUGGCCAUUGGCGAGUUCGCCCAGUCCCUGCUCGUCAUCCCCAAGACGCUCGCCGUCAACGCCGCCAAGGACGCCGCGGAGCUCGUCGCCCAGCUGCGCUCCAGGCACGCCCUGUCACAACGCGUCCAGGAGGGCGACGCCAACGAGGACGAGAAGUCGAUUGCCAAGAAGAAGAGCUACAAGAACUACGGCCUGGACCUCACCAAGGGCAAGGUCGUGGACGAGAUUAAGCUCGGCGUGCUGGAGCCCACGAUUAGCAAGGUUCGGCAGCUGAAGAGUGCGGUCGAGGCUUGUAUCAGCAUUAUGCGAAUUGACACGCUGAUCAAGCUGGAUCCGGAGCAGAGCGCGGAGGAUGAUGGCCAUGGACACUAAUUCUUCGGGUGGGAGAGAAAAUGGGUAUGAAGAAUAGACAAAAGAAAUUUAAAAUACUCAGUCUAUAAUAUUUCUUUGGCUACAAGCCAAAUUAUG